AUGGGACAUGCAAGUGGAAGCAACUACUCCUACUCCAUGGCUGAGGCACCAAGUGAAAGUUUCAAAAACUCUCCCUCUCCCAUUCCCUACCUCUUUGGUGGCCUUGCUCUCAUGCUUGCACUCAUAGGGUUGGCAUUGCUCAUCCUAGCUUGUUCUUAUAGUAAAAGCUCCUCAUCCAAUGGCAGUGGAGAGAGAGCAAAGAAAGGAAUGGGAAUGGAGGUGGAUUCAGAGCCCAAGAUUGUUGUUAUAAUGGCUGGAGAAAGCAACCCCACAUACAUGGCCAAGCCAGUACCAUCCACUCAUCGUACUGAACAACCCAAUUGA